AUGUCGCCAAGAUUAUCUACCUUGGUUCUCUUGUUCUUGCCCCUCUUUGCUUUCGCCGCUGCUGCGACCACUAGUAAAAUCGUCAUCUCCGCUGACGGCACGAAAAUCUACGCAGACGCCACCGGCGAUCCCGAAAAGCAGAGCAUCGUCUUUGUUCACGGGCUCGCGCUGAGCAGCAUAGUAUUUGACAGGCUCUUCGCAAACAAACGGCUAGCCGAUUACUAUCUCGUUCGUUAUGACAUGCGUGGCCACGGCCGCAGUGAUAAGCCAGCCACCGUUGAUGCCCACUCAUCUAUCCGAUACUCUCAGGAUUUCGCAGCCGUUAUGGAUGGGUUCGGGCUGAGCAAGCCUAUAUUCGUCGGGUGGUACGUCUCUCCCAACAAUAACACUAUCAAGCUAAGCUUACCCCCCCUUAUUCACAGGACGGCCAUAAUCACCGACAUUGUAGCCAACAAUGACGUUCUUCCCAUUGUGGGGGCAGUUGCCCUUGGCGGCAGUCCUGGCCUCAGUGCCGACAUACUGCCAAUAAUCGCGAGCCCCGUCUUGCUCAGCGAACUCCCUGGUUUCAUCGCCAACGACAACGUGACCGCAGCGUUAGCAACUCGCCGAUCGUUCAUCGAUGGCCUCUUCCAGGAUCCAGCCAAUGUGGGCUUCAGCUUGAAAGCUGAGUAUUUAGGGCAGACGGUAGUUCAAUCUCCUGCCAUCAGCGCUCUGGUAUCUACGCGGGCCCAAGACCCUACGAAGCUCUUCGCAGCCGGGGAGGCGGGCAAGCUUCCUCUGCAGGUACUCUUCGGUACCUCUGACAGGAAGGUGGUGGCCGAUGGCGUCGUUAGCGUGUUUGCCCCUCAUUUCGGGGACAAGCUGUUCGUCAGCAAAGUACCUGGGGGACAUGCCCUCUUCGAUGACAAUCCAGAAGGGUUGAUUGAUCAGCUGAUGUGGUUUGUCCAGAAGAUCACGGCGGACAAGUCCGCCAGAAGCACCGUCUAUGCGAGGAAAUACUAA